CCCAAAUCUCAAACGAUGCCCGAUAACUCUCAGCUUAGCUUAUCAUUAUCCGCGUAAUUACACCCAACUGCCAUAAAUAAACCCACUUCUCCCAGAGCCGAAGAAACAACUCAAGCUAUCAACAAAUCAAACCCCCCAAAAGGGGCAAAAUGUCGUGGUUCGCGAGAUCUUUAGUGAACUCGCUCAGAGGCGAAGAAGAAGAUGAAGACGAAGAUAAUCCCCAGUCCCAAACAAAUCAACAGAAUCCAAGCAAAUCAUCGAUCGAUCAACAGAAUCAGCAAGAAGAAGACGACGAGGAUGCAACUCGAGGCGUGAAGGAGGACAUCACCGAGCUCACCAAAACCCUAACCCGCCAAUUUUGGGGCGUCGCCUCUUUCCUGGCCCCACCUCCCAACCUCCGCGAUGUUCCGCCGCCAGAUCCAGGUCAACCCUCAGAUCCGAUGGCCUCCCAUGAGGCCGAUGCCGAGAACUCGCCGAAAUUGGCGGGAAUCAAGAGCGAUUUUGCGGAGAUCGGCGGGAGAUUCAAGAGCGGGAUCUCGAUGCUGUCGAGUACCAAAGCGGUAUCUGAGAUCUCGAAGAUCGCGUCGACUUUUUUGCCGUUUGGAUUGGAGGAGGAUGAGGAGGGAGAGAGCGAGGAGACUGAGGAGAAGUACGAAGGAGGAGCCGUUGGGGUUACGGAUGAGGUUCUUGCUUUCGCGAGGAAUAUCUCGAUGCAUCCAGAGACUUGGCUCGAUUUCCCUUUGAUUCCUGAUGAGGAUGAUUCCGAUGAAUUUGACAUGUCCGAUGCCCAACAAGAACAUGCAUUGGCUGUGGAGCACCUGGCACCAAGAUUAGCAGCACUUAGGAUUGAGCUUUGCCCAAGUCAUAUGAGUGAAGGUCGCUUUUGGAAGAUCUACUUUGUGCUUUUGCAUUCUAGGCUUAACAGGGCAGAUGCUGAACUGUUGACGACACCUCAGAUUGUGCAAGCCAGGGAAAUGUUGUUACAAGAUUUACAGACCCGUACAAAGCCAAAACCUGCAGAAUCUGCUACAGAUGCACUGAUGCAGAAAGAGGUGGAUGCAUCAGUUCCCUCUGAACAGAAUGUUGUCACAUCUGAGGCUUCAGCAGAGACCUCAUCCAUCGAAACACUUCAUGUUGAGGACCCCUCUACCUCUCUUCCAAUAACUGAUCUGGAGACUGAAAAGCACCCUGUCCAUACUACUGAAGUGAAAAUUAUUGACAAGUCUGUCAUUGAGGAAGACCAACCAAUCCAGAUGAAAACAAAGGACUUAAAGGGUACAUCUAAUACUAGAUCCAUAGAGAAGUCUGAAGAGGAUGAUGAGGAUGUUGAUGACUGGCUGGAAGAAGAGGAAACAGGUGAAGCUAGUGUCCCCAAAGGAACAACUAUACCUUUGGGAAACGAUGAUGAUGUUUCUUUCAGCGAUCUAGAGGAUGAUGGUGAUCAGGGAACAUCAAAUAACUCCAAAACAAUAAAUCAUGAUUUCAAGGGUGCAGCUAAAGUUGGCAACUCUACUGGUGCACAGAACAAGGAAUCCAGCGACUGGUUGAGUAUUGAUGAUUUAGAUGAUAUUAACGUGGAAUGAUAUCUUCUAUUAUCGACCUGGGACAUUGUGGUGCGUGAUUUUAACCUUUUACAUUUCCCUUCUACUUCAAGUUAUUUCCCUGCAAAUGUGUUUUAUAUUUGCUAGUGAUUUGUA